GGUCUGCGGGCCGGGAUGUGCCCCCGGGGGGCGGGACAAGACCCCCGGGAUCGGGCCCCGUGUGCCGGGAUCGGGCCCCGUGUGCCAGGAUCGGGCCCCGCCAAGCAGCCUUCGCUCCGUUUCCUCGGCGCUUCGCGACACCCGGCGGCGCUUUCCGGCGCCGUUUGCGCCCUCGGCGCUUUACGGCAGGCGGAGGGCGGAGGAGACGCGAUGAGUUUUUACGACGCGUUUCGCGGUUUCUUCGGCUUCCCGGGGCGCGGAAGGCCCCGGGACCCGCUGUUCGGCGCGGCGUGGGACGAGGAGGACGAGGAGGAGGACGACGCGGGCCCGUCCGCGGCGCAGCCCCCUCAGGAUUUCGGCUUCGGCUUCACCCCCGGCGGCUCCCGCGGCGCCUUCGAGGAGCUGUUCCGAGACAUGGGGGAGCUCCUGGGGCUCUUCGGGGGAUCCUGGGCCGGGCCCCCCCAGCCCUUCGAGCCCCCCCAGCCCCGCCGCCCGCUGCGCGACUCCAUGCUGAAGGAACCGGACGGUCCCGCUCCCGGUGCGGCCUCGGGAGACCCCGAGGGUCCCAGCGACCCCCGGCCCUGGACGCCCUUCCUGGGGCUGGACGACGCUCGCCCGGUUCCUCCUGCGCUCAAGGAAGAUCAAGACCUGGACUCCCAGGUGUCCUCGGCGGGGCUGGGGACCAUCCUGAGACCCAACGAGCCCGAGUCCCGCUCGUACUUCAAGAGCGUGUCUGUCACCAAAGUGACGCUCCCUGACGGGGCGGUGGAGGAGCGCCGGACGGUGCAGGACAGCCAGGGCCACCGCGAGACCACGGUGACGCGCCGGAGAGGAGACCAGGCCUUCAUCACCACCACCAAGGAGGACGGGCAGCGCCGCGACUACCGCGAGGAGGUGCUCAACAUGGACGACCGGGAGCUGGCGCAGUUCACGGACUCGUGGCCGCGACAGGACGAGCUCCGCGCCCCCACCCUGAGCGACGCCUCCUCCGCGCUGGGCACCUUCUUCCGCCGCUGGUUCUCCAGCUGGUAGCUGUGCCCCCCCCAGGACGAGCUCCCCGAAUGUGUGAGAUGGGGGGGGACCCCACGUUUUGCUGAGGUGCUGGGAUGGAUUCCGCUCCGUCCGGGGCGGGGGGUGAGCAGCAGCCUCUUCCCCCCGCCCUGUUUUUAUUGCAGAUGGGGCAGAUGCUGCGGGGAGCCGGUGCCCAGGCUGGGGGGGCCCCGUGGGGUCACUUGUGUGUGUGUACAAAGAAAUAAAGUUUAUUUAUGCUAA